AGAGAGAGAGCUGUGCUUCUUUCACCGUUAAUCCUCUCCAUCCUUUACGCUUCAGUCCGCCUCUUCCUCAGAGGGAAAUAAAGCACGUUUCUGCGUCUCUUGGGUUUUAUCCCCACCUCGCCGCUGUGACAAUAGAUCUUUUUUUGCAAUCCUUCCGAAGGGCGCGCAUGAGCGAGCGCGGUUGGCUCCGGCGACUAAUUGCCAUAAUAAGUUGGACGGCGCACGUUUUUACGAGUAUGUAGGCAGUCCAGUGCCGCAUCGAGAAGAUACAGGGGCGGAGGGGGAGCAUCGCUGCCACACAUGAGAAGCUGGCAGCUCACGCGGACCAGCCAGUCACCGAUUCACCGGAGAAUUUUUAAUCGAGCCGGCGAUAACAUAUGGGAAUAUAGCGAGCUGAGCUUGCGGUCACACCUGGCUCGGGAGCACCGCGAGGGACCCGUGCAGCGAGCGUCUUUGCAGAAAGGCAGAAAGAGAGCGACAGCAUCCUCGCCUCCAUUCCUCCGAGCGUCCAUCUGACAUCAGCGGCGGCGUCUCAUUGACAUAAAAACGGAAAAUAAAAAGACUCCAGAGAGCUUCUGCGGCUGAUAGCAACAACACACUUCCAAAUAACACCUCGUGUAUCACAGUUUAUGGACGACGUGUCGACAGAAGCUGGAGAAGAUACAGCUGGCACACGUUGAGGAAUUGCUCGUGGGGCCAAAUGUAGAGCAAAUGGAAGAGAAAAAAGGGUGGAGGUAACUGGAUUCCAGCUCACCGCAGCAAUUUGAAGCUUAAAAAAAAGACCAGAACUAAACCAAAUCCCAUUAUUCACCAUAAUGGCGAUUUUAGGUAUUGCGAAAUUGAAGGCUCCACUGCCAUCACUUUUAUUUCGUUUGACAAUGUGCGUGUGUGUUCUUGAGUUGACCACGGCCACAAUCCAAGGGUACAUUGGAGAAAAAGACCCGAUAUGCCCAAAUGUGUGUCGAUGUGAUGAAGACUUUAUCUACUGUAACGAUCGUGGCCUGAGCUCCAUCCCCUCACUGCCUGCUUCUGCAUCUGUCCUUUACCUUCAAAACAACCAGAUCAAUAACCCAGGCCUUCCCACUUCCUUGGAACGCCAGCUCACCGUACGUGUCGUCUACCUCUAUGAUAACGAACUGGAUGAAUUCCCCGUGCACUUGCCACCAUCGGUCCGUGAGCUUCAUUUGCAAGACAAUAACAUCCGCACCAUUCCUCGUAGUGCUCUGGCUCGGAUGCCCCUUCUGGAGAAGCUCCAUUUGGACGACAACUCUAUUUCCACAGUCAGCAUUGAGGACCAGGCCUUUGCGGACAACCCACGAUUGCGCCUUCUUUUCCUUUCUCGGAAUCAUCUGUCUAGCAUCCCCUCAGGUUUGCCCGCAUCUCUUGAAGAACUGCGUCUGGAUGACAACCGGAUCUCCACUAUCCCCACACAUGCCUUCCGUGGUCUCGGCUCACUUCGAUGUCUUGUUUUGGAUGGGAAUCUUUUGGCCAAUCAGCGCAUCGCUGAUGACACAUUCUCACGUCUCUCUAACUUGACAGAGUUGUCGUUAGUACGUAACUCCCUCCAGACCCCGCCUGUCAACCUUCCUAGUGCCCAUCUCCAACGCUUGUCCCUGCAAGAGAAUGCCCUGAUUCACAUGCCUCGCGGUUCUUUGGAUGGCAUGCACAGGCUGCAAAGAUUGGACCUCUCUGGAAAUAACCUCACGACCCUACCGCGUGGACUCUUCAAGGACCUGGACAAUUUAGGUCAGCUUCUGGUACGAGGUAAUCCUUGGCACUGUGGCUGUAACCUGCGUUGGCUUUAUGAUUGGUUACAUGCCCGUGGUAACGCAAUCACAGUGAGAGGUCUCACCUGUCAUGGGCCUGAAAGGGUACGAGACAUGGCCUUGAAAGACCUAACUUCUGAGAUGGAGGAAUGUGAAGUGGUGAGGACAGCUGGGACUAAAGACAGAGCAGGUCUUGGUGGAGGAGACACUUCUACCACUAAUACACCCCCUCAAGGGUCUCUCUUUACCCUGCGGUCAAAGAGACCUGGUCUGGGACUUCCUGACUCCGGCUUGGACUACACGCUCAGUAGCAGUGGUGUCGGAAAGAGUCUGGCUCUCAAUGUUAAGCCUCUCUCUCAUAAUAGCGUCCGUGUUACCUGGAGCGUAGCACAGCCGAGUUCGUCCUUCCGACUCAGUUGGCUCCGACUAGGUAUCGGUAAUGCCAUGGGGUCGAUCACUGAGACGUUGGUCCGAGGCGAUCGUCGGGAAUAUCUGCUUACCUCCUUGCAACCGCGCUCCAGCUACAUCAUCUGCAUGGUGCCCAUGCCUGCCAGCUCAGAGAAUAAAGUUGGGGUUUCAGGAGACGCUGAGGCUGAUGAAGCUCAAGUGUGCGCAAAAGCUGAAACAUCUGAUCCUAGUCCUUUAGAGGAAGACAAAGAUAAUAACUCACAACCUAUGACAGUCCUGCCGUUGACUGGAAUUAUUGGUGGAGCUACUGCCAUUGUAUCUUUGGCUCUUAUUUUUGCCAUCUUUUGCUGGUAUGGUCACAGGAGUGGUCACUUAUGUUCCCGAGAUCAUUACACACGUAACAGCUCCCGCAAAAGCAAGAAUUACGACGACUACAUCGAGUCAGGCACCAAGAAAGACAAUACCAUACUAGAGAUCCGUGGUCCGGGAUUACAGAUGACACCGAUGGCAGCUUGCCAGCCCAUCCAACCUAAACCCCUACAAGAGGAUUACAUCAUUCAUACCAUAUUCCCAUCGAAUGGCACCGGCCUGUACAAAGGUUCCAAUCAUAUGUCGAAUGCAAGGCAAAGCAUCAACAGAGGCUAUAGAGAAGGAGGAAUUCCAGAUAUAGACUACUGUUACACAUGAUGUACUGUACUGUACCAGAUCCUGACCACGGAAUGGUUGGUAAACUGUAUCAGAUGCACAAUAUUCCUUCACAUGGACACUUCAGAAGCACCCUUCUGUGCCUUUGACUUCUGGUCUCCCAUUCCAUAUUACUUGUGGUUUUCGGCACUAAGAGUACAGUGUAUGAUUAUCUGGACCUGAAACUGUGUGGGAACAAUUCACCGCAGGGAGCAGACUAAAUAACCAGUGGACCAUUUCUUUACAUCUUAAGAAUGGCUCGUGUUACUGUGGAUGGUCCCUCUCUGUGAUUAUGUAAGCUAAGAAUGUAUACACUGUGGAAAGAUUGGACGAACUUUUUGGUUCUCAAUCAGGAGCCGCUAAAUGGAAGUUGUGAUGAACAGACAUUUCCGAUUCUCAUCCCCAUCUGUUACAGUUAUGAAAUUUGAUCAAAUCAUUAUUCCAAACGCCUCAAUUCUAUCAUUGUGCCCUACAAGCUAUUCUAGGAAAAGGGCUUUGUAAAGCUGUGAAUUGUUCAAAUUCAAAAAUGAAAUAACCACUUGUCUUAAAGUAAAGCUUUUUCAGUUUGGGGCUGGUUGGAGAUCUUUACUGGAUAUCAACCUUGGUUAAAACUCGGAUCAUUCAUACUCAAGCGUGUUGCGCUAAGAUGCAACAUUAAUGUGUAGAUAAUUAAAUUUGGUAUUGAUUGAAUUAUGUGUUUCUUUGCUUUUAAACUAUUGGCUUUUGGCUAUCAUGUCAUGCAGCACUGUUUUUAAUUUAUUUUUGUUGCGUAUGUUUUGUGUUUUUAUGUGUACACUGAAAUGUUUUUUAACUCUUCACCCUCAUAUUUGUCUCUAUUUAUGAAAAACACUUUUGAAAAAUUGUUUUAUCUAAAUAGAAAAACCCCAGCCGCCGGGUUUCUACAAUAUAUGUAUUUUUCAAUAAGACCACAUGCAAAUUACACCUCAAGGCAGCAAACCCCAAUUUGGCAUUUGUGGAAUUCUGAUGAUUAGGUUCGCUUGUUGACAAAUAUAUUCUGGAAGUAAAGUAAAAAAAAUAUAUAUUGGGAACUUCCUUUGUGAAACAAAUCCUUGGGGAAAUGGGAUAAAAAAUAAAAAGUGGCAUCUCACUCUCCAAGCUACGAGCGAGCGACUUGUGGAGUCGUUCAAAGACGGGGUGAUGAAAAAGGUUUAUCGCUGUUUGUUUUUUGGAUGGUAAAAGACUCAUUCUGACAUUUUUAUUACCUAGUGGCACUGAAAAUGUAUUAGCACUUAGGAAUGAAGAGGAAUAAAUGUAAUGAGAGACACACUAGCGGGUAAAGUUACUUCUCAAGGCACUGACAAACGACAGAAUUGAUAGCUUUGUCAUGAUCAAAUUCACACAUGCAUCAAUAUUUUUGUCAUUCACAAAUAGCUGCGAAUUGAGCCUUGGGCUUCAUGUUGUUUACUUCCAAAGGGGAAACCAAUUGUGCUUCCUUGAUUGUUUGCUCUGCCGCAGUUGUCAUGUCGGAGUCAUUUUCUUGUUGUACUUGCACCCAAAAACUAGAAAUAGCAGCAGCUCAUGAUUCUAUUUAAAAGAUUGUUGAUCAAUAUUCUGUCAUUGCUAUUUUGCAGUCAUAAUGAACUAGAGAUGUGCAUACUAAUCAAUUUAUUGUUUAGCAGAGCUGCCGUUGAUUCAGUCAAAAAAAUGUUAUGGUGUAAAGUUUACACUGUAAACAAGAAAAAUGUGGGAAUGGGAGUUGCAGCAUUCUCACGUCCUCCGGGUAGCAUUUGUCAAUACGAGACUGGAAAAAACAUUCUAUUAUAUAGUCGAAUUAAUUAAGAAUUGAUUACCCCAAAUAGUCAAUAAAAAAAUGCCAUUCCCUCAUACAUUCCUUCUCAGCAUUUGUAUAAAUAUGGCCACAACCACACAAUAUUUUUCACUGAAAUUAUCGAAAGGUAAAGGGUGCCAUAAAUUUGUGUCAAAUGGAUUUGUGUGAAAUCAGAUGGAAUGAAUAAAGGGUUUAUAAAUCUUGUUAUUAUUGAAAGCUGGCAUUUUACUUCAUGACAAAGGAAUUUUGGAAAAUGAAAACAACAUAUUGGAAUGAACAGGCGGCAACACGAGUCGUGCUCAUUUUGCACAAGCAGUGUGAGACUCCUAAAUUCAAAUGAAGAAUUUAAAUUAAGACAUUUCUGUGGUUGUGGGGGGAUAGUUUCAACUAUUUUUUGGUAAUUUGAAGUUGGUUGGAAAAUAAUUGUGCUUAGUCAGCAAAUCAAAGCAAAGUCAUUAGUUCAGAAAACAAUUGUAUUAUGCGGAGCAAAAUCCAAUGCAAAUCCAAAUUUCAAUUACGUAUGGAUGUUGUGUAAAACGUAAAUAAAAACAGAACGCAAUGUUUAGCAAAUCCUUUUCAAUUGAUAUUUAAUUGAAUUAAAAAAAUUUACAUUAGGUAUUUAUAUUAUAGUGAAGAACUGUGUUAACUGACAUUUGUUUUCAUUCAAAAUUAGAAAUUGUUUUGCAAAUAAACAAACAGUUUGAAGAUUAAAUAUCUUGUCUUUUGACCAUAUUCAGUUGAAUACAAGUUAAAAAGGAGUUGCAAGUAAUUUGAUUCUGUUUUUAUUACUGAUACAUAGAGUUAUGCUCAAACAUUUUCUUUCUCUUUGUGGAUUGAAUGCAAACUAUUUGUCAUUUCCUGAACGAGCAUAUAAUCGACAGCGGAUAUAUUUUCUUCUCUGUACACUCAAUUAUUGUACUGUAAUGAGAAAUUGGUGUCAUCUCUACCUGUGUCACAUGACUUUUAUUCAGAUAUAUUUGGCUUGGAUGAACGACUCUCCGGUUAUUACUCUUAAAAGCAUCCAAGAAAGCCACAAAUUGAGAUCUUAAGACCAAUAAAAUGUCCCCAAAGUGCUUCUGA